GGCAGGCACAGGGCCCCCAGGAGGAGCGGCGGGCGCCGGGCCCCCAGGCGGGGCGGCGAGCGCGCGGGCCCCCAGGCGGGGCGGCGGGCCCCCAGGCGGGCGGCAGCGGCAGGCACCGGGCCCCCAGGCGGGGUGACAGGCACCGGGCCCCCAGGCGGGGCGACAGGCACCGGGUCAUCAGGCACGACAGCGGGCAUCGGGUCACCAGGCAUCAGCAGGCAUCGGGUCACCAGGUAUGACAGCGGGCACUGGGUCACCAGGCAUCAGGUCAUUUGGCUCGCCAGCGGGCACCGGGCGUCAUCUGGCAAGGCAGUGGGCACCGAGUCACCAGGCACGACAGUGGGCUCCGAGUCACCAGGCAUGACCGCGGGCACUGGGUCAGACAUUGGAUCAUCUGGCUCGACAGCGGGCAUCGGGUCAUCAGGUACCGGAUCGUCUGGAUCGACAGCGGGCACCGUGUCAUCUGGCUCGACAGCGGGCAUCGGGUUACCAGGUAUGACAGCGGGCACUGGGUCAUCAGGCAUUGGAUCGUCUGGCUCGACAGUGGGCAUCGGGUCACCAGGCAUUGGAUCGUCUGGCUCGACAGCAGGCAUCGGGUCACCAGGCAUGACAGCGGGCACCGGGUCAUCAGGCAUGACAGCGGGCACUGGGUCAUCAGGCAUUGGAUCGUCUGGCUCGACAGCGGGC